AAACGGAGACGGCAGCCAUCGGUCACUGAUUCCUGGUGAGAAUAGCCGAGGACGUCCUGAGCAGCAGCCAUCAUGUCUCAGAUGCCCAAUGCAUCAACCGUCCUGUCCGUGUUUAACGAUGCAGCGUCCGCCUUCCAUCACAUCGCCGACCUCAUCCCAACGCAUCGGGAGUGUUCCAUAGAGAUCACUAACGACAGCUCUCAGUACAUCCUCUCUAACCCCGGAGUUUACCUUGAAAGCGGCAGCUGUUCUGAGCCUCUGCCGCCUGAGAUCGAGCCGUCGUCCUCCGGGAAAGCGCUCUUCACCAAGACGGCCAACACGGCUCGAGGGGUCGUGGGUGUCGUCACCUACGACCUGGUGGAUGAGUCUACGCAGGAGUGCGCCGGGAAGAUGGCCGUCAUGUUCUCGGUGCCCUACGACUUCAACCUGUACUCCAACUGGUACGCGGUGGGAGUGUUUGAGGAGGGCGAGGAGUGCAGCUUUGAUCUGUACGAUCACAUGUACAACAACACCGACAGCACGUUCGUCAGGGGUCGAGCCAGCGAGUCGAGCCUGAGCCACGAGGGCGAGCUGGUCGCCAUCUUGGCCUCCAUGUCUGACAGUUACCAGCCGAUGAUCAAAGUGGAGGUGAAAGACGUCUGUCAGGAGGAAGAUGAGUGCUUAUAGCUACAUAGCUGACGAUAUUCUGCUUUGUUUCCUUUUCGAUUUGCAGAUUUUGUUGAAAUAAGCCUAAAACAUGAAAUA